CUAACUUAGGACGGUCGCGGUCCGUUGACUAGUCAAAGCCUGACCCACCCAGGCCCAUCUGUGCCUGGAAUUCCAAAUCCAUGGCCCGUUCUACAAAAGGAUGUACAUGUUUAGACAGUAAAGAAUUGUGGAGUGUAGGUUGGAGAGAAGCGAAUGUAUCAGAAGCUCCCCACCAAACCAGCCGAGGAAAGAAUGGACCUAAGAAAGGACAAGUGAUAAUGGUUGUGGUUGAGCAGGAAGGACAAUAGUGAUGUUGGGUAGCACUGCGAUGUCACCAUAGGUAGUGGUGGUAGAGCUAGUGGCAGUAGGAUAGUGACUGGUGGUCACAUUCGUUUGGUGGCACUAACUGUGGAUGGUAUCUGGAGCAGAAUAUUUUACAUGGGUUUAACUGUGUGAAAAUUUUACUUGAAUCUUCAAAAUGAGUUCGUUAAGUUGUUCUCAUAAUCCCUAAAACCAACAAAUUCAAACAAUUUCAAAGCACCAAUAUAAAUUGUAGAAUUUAUUUUUAAUCAAUGGUGAUGAAGCAUUUUUGAAAUUGCAAUAACACUGCAGCCUAUGUUAUACGCUUUGCGUUGGUAAUUUGUUUUUAAUAUACUCAUAUUAUCUUUGAUCUUUUUGUUAAUGUGAUGCUAACGUCCAGGUAUAGAACCUGGAACUGAAUGUGUUGUUUUCUUUGAUGAACUUUCAGCAAUUAAGAGACUAUUUGGUGAAGCUUACGUAUGUAAAAGUAAAUUCUGAAUGACAAUAGAUAAGCAUGACUUGCAAAUUCUGUGGAGACAAGAACUUAAGAUUUUCUGAUUUUCGAGAGUUCAUUAUGAAUCUCUUCACUCAGCAGAUUUGAAAAGACAUCAGGAUUUUGAACCCUUGGAAAGGCAUCUGUGACUAAGUUCCACAAUGAGAACAGAGCUUUCUUUCGGCCUAUUUCCACGAUUUUGUUCUUGGGAACAGAAAGGCCCACAGUCUCUGGUCGAGUCCUUGCCGAUCAAAUCUCUUGCCGGUGGAAUCUGUCGCCGAUCGAGCUCUCGCUGGUGGAAUAUCUCUCUGACGAAGGCUUUCAUCGCUCCAAUUGCUUACCAAACCAAGCUUGUGCCGACCAAAUCUCGCAUGAACAAGUCACCAGUGGCAUCAAACCAAUGGUGAAUCGGCACCUCUGUUCCUCACUCAAAGCUCUCAAUGACCAGAUCUGUCGUGGAUCAUCUCUCUCAUGGUUUAUAUCAGGUGCCAAAUGAUUUCCUCUCUUCCAUGUCUCAUACAUAUUGGAACAUGACAAUGAAGAAAGCAUACAAUGGAUCAAUUUUCAGUCAGACUUUAAUAUGUUAAGAUAUAAAAGAAACUUUUGAAUCCAACAUUGGUAGUUGAUUAAGCAGAGCUCAUUGAGGAUUUGUAGAAGUGCACCAAUUUCAGAAGAGAUAAGGUGAAUGGUGAAUGGUGCUCUACUAGCUUUCGCAGUAAAGGUGAAAGGUGAAGAUAAAAGUGGUUGAGACUUUAAAAAGCAUUUUCACCACUUAAUUACUUUAGCUAAUGGCUACGGAUGUUUCUAGUAAAAUCAUUCUGAGAGUUCAAGGGAUAUAUGUCUUGAGUAUCAACGUUUUCAAAUUUAAGUAUAAAAUAAAGCUAACUAGUCAUUAUCAGCUUUUGAGCCCUUAUGGUCUAAAACACAUUCUUUAAAGAAUAGAUAAAUUUGAUUUUAAGAUUGUAAAGAGUCCAAGCAUCUUCUUGUAUCUUUAGUUUCUCUCCAAAUUGUCAUUGCCUACUGUUGAUGACAUGACGCGGUGUUGUGCGUUGGAUCACCAACGAAAAACAGAGAACAGUGGAGAUGAUCUGUUCCCUCAAAGCUUUCUUCUUCUAGUUUGAGCUUGGUCAAGGUGAAGCUAACAUUGGUCAGACUCUAUUCGUCUUCAUUUUCUUAUCAUUUGUCUUUGUUUGUUUCUGAGGGCUCUUCUGCAAUUUAAUCGGUUGCUUUACGGUCCUGCUUCUCCAAUGGUGCACUCAAAGCUAAGAAGUUCGACCAGUUUCAAUGGUCAAGUGGGAAAGGGAGUGGUUGAUUUGCCGCUGGAGACAAUCUCUGAUAUAUUGACUAGACUUCCAAUAGAAUCGAUCUUGAUAUGCAGAGUUGUCUGUAAGAGCUGGUAUGACUUGACUCGAGAUCCUGAUUUUGUCCGCUUGCAACUUAGUAGAUCAAAUUAUCAGCGAACCCGAUUCAUUAUUCAACCAACGAUUCAAGGAUUUGCUAAUGAUUUCCGUCUACUUUUACUGGAUGCUGAGGAGCACAACAUUAAACAGAUUCCCAUUGAGAGAGAGGUGUUGAAAGGUGCUGAAAUUAUGUGUUCCUGUAAUGGCUUGCUCUUCAUAAUUCCAUAUUUCAAGCUAAAUCCUAUGGUUAUCUAUAAUCCUAUGACACGACAGCGCCUGAUUUUGCCAUCAUUGGAUUGUGAAGUUAACGUAAGACCUGGUGAGGUUAGACCGACUGGUUUUGGCUUUGACCUCUCAACUGGCAGGUACAAAGUUGUCCGAGAAUAUCUAAAGGGUGGAAUUGGAUCCAACAGGUUUUGGAUUCUUUCAGUUGGAGAAAGUUCGUGGAGAAAACUAAGUCCUCCUCCUCUGUGUCUAAUUCAUUGGACCUGGUAUGGAAGUGAGUCAGUGUUCUGGAAAGGGGUCCUGUACUGGAAAAUGGUAAAGUUAAAUUUCCAAGGUUAUGAUGAGGUCGGCAUCCUUGCAUUUGAUUUAAGUGAGGAAAAGUUUCAGAUCAUCUCUUUUCCACAGAGUUAUACGAAUGAGACUUCUCUUGACUUGCUGGAUUUGGAUGGACGUCUAACUUUAGUAGCACAUGAGCCUGAUGCUAUUAUGAAACUAUGGAGAUUAGCAGGAAAGAAGAUUGGAGAUUUUUCAUUCUGCCUUGAACAGACAUAUGAUACCUAUGUGAGGUGGAAUAAGAACUUGUUCUGUCAAGUGAUUAGUAGGGUGAACCACAACGGUUACUUACUAUUCGUGGUGCUUAAGAAGGAUGGAUCCAUAAUGACGCAUGUUACUAAAUUUUUUCCUCAGAUGGCACAAUACAUGCAUUUGGACUUGCCGCUCAUUGCUGAUUGCUUCGGGAUUCACGGUUUCAGACCCAGCCUUGAAUGUCCAGUCUCAGCUUCACAUCUUUCCUAGAACCAGGGCUUUAUUAGUGACCAGGCAACUUCUUUAUUAGAAAUUGAAUAUAUAUAUAUAUAUAUAUAAUAAAAUGUAUUUGCACAUAUGCCUCCAGUGGGGCUUGAAUCCUCACCUCCCUUGUAGGGGAGGCGAAAGCCAUAUUACUGGUGGUUAUAAAUUUGAACAUGUUGUUUGAACUAUUUUAUUGUGUUUGAAUUUUACUUCUUAA